CAUUAGUGGCGGCGCUUCGGGUGUCAGGCGGCGCCACUGGGCGGAGAACCUGCGCGCCCGGGCUGCCCCGUUUUUCCCUGCCCACCUCCGCUGGCCCUGAGGCUGAGGCAGCUGAGCUGAGCUCUCCGGCUCGCCCCUCCUGCCAGCCUAGCCUCGUCCCGGCCGAGCUUCGGUUGAGGGCGGCGCCGUCACCACCGCAGCUUCAAGAUGUUUGACAAGACGCGGCUCCCUUAUGUGGCGCUGGAUGUGGUCUGCGUGGUCCUAGCUGGCUUACCCCUUGCUGUUCUAAACUUGGCAAAAAUAAAGCCGUACCAGAGGGGCUUUUUCUGUAAUGAUGACAGCAUCAGCUACCCGUUCCAUGACAGUACCGUCACAUCUACUGUCCUCUACAUAGUGGGAUUCACUGUGCCCAUUUGCUCUAUAAUCAUAGGAGAGACCCUUUCAGUAUAUCACAACUGUUUGCACUCUAAUUCAUUUGUGCGAAAUAACUACAUUGCUGCUAUUUACAAGGCUCUGGGGACAUUCCUUUUUGGUGCAGCUGUUAGCCAAUCUUUGACAGACAUUGCCAAAUACUCUAUAGGUAGACUGAGGCCUCACUUCCUGGACAUAUGUAAACUGGAUUGGCAUCGUAUCAACUGCAGCGCUGGUUACAUUGAAAACUUCAAAUGCCUUGGAGACAAAGCAAAGGUUAAUGAAGGAAGACUGUCAUUUUACUCUGGACAUUCGUCAUUCUCCAUGUAUUGCAUGCUGUUCCUAGCACUUUAUCUUCAGGCCAGAAUGAAAGGUGACUGGGCAAGACUUUUGCGUCCCACAGUCCAGUUUGGACUUAUUUCUGCAUCUAUCUACGUGGGCCUCUCCCGCGUUUCUGAUUACAAACAUCACUGGAGCGAUGUGUUGACUGGACUCAUCCAGGGAGCACUGGUAGCAGCACUCAUCGUUGUGUAUGUCUCAGAUUUCUUCAAAGAGAGAGGCCGUACGUUUAAACAGAAGGAGGAAGAAGAUUCACAUACAACUCUACAUGAGACACCUACCAAUGGAAAUCACUAUGGCAGUAAUCAUCAGCCAUGAUAGGUUCAAGAGCUAUUAUCCUGUGGAAUCUUCUGCUGUUUAAAAGGAAAAUUUCACAAAUAUUUCUGGUCUAUGUGAAAAACAUAAAUAAAGUAAAUGCCUUUUGAAGGGACUGCCGCUGCUAUACCUCUUGGAUGCUCACUUUACAUGUAUAUAGUUAACAACAAUGUAUCUAAAAACCUCAAAUUUCUAUUGGAUCAAGCGUAUGCUUUAUAAACACAGCAUCCUGGCUAUUUUUUAAAUUAAAAUAAUGUGUGAUACUCAUAUACAAACAGCAACAGAACACAUUCAGAGUAAGAAUUUGUCUUGCUUGGGAAGAGGAAGCACUGGUCAUUUUAGUGGCUCUUUCUUGGAGCUACUGCUGCAGAAUGAAUGCUGUUGAGACACCACUAUAGGAACGCACUUCUUAUAGGUAAAGACUUGCAGCAAACACAAUGUCUCUCUUGAUUUUUGUAAUUCCUGUUGAGAAUAGAAAAAGGAAAUAAUAUCCAAUCUUAAGGGCAUAGUCGUACCCAGAUAACUACCUGCUCAUACUAAUAAGAUCUACUAAAAUGCAUAUGAAAUUAAAGGUCAGUACUGAAUUUUCAAAAUAUGUAUUUUCCCCCAGUUUCCACCUCAAGGUAUUGCACAGCUCUUUUGACAGUGCUAUGGAAACAUUAGCGGUCUCUUAGGUAAACCCCCCCCCCUUUUGAACUUCAGCAACAGCAGAUUAUAACAGGCACGUUCAGUUCAAAAGGGAUACUUUUGUGGCCAAGCAAUUUUAAAUGGCUUGUAAAUAUAUUCUACAUUUUAAGAUGCACGUAUUUAUAUAAUAUUGUACAUACAAACCUUCUGCAAAUUUGUUUUCCAGUUCUGUAUUUCCAAUGGCCUUUGCUGCUUGGCACAUCUGUCUAAGCAAUUCUUCUAGCCGCCUCAUACAUCGAAUUAUGCUCCCUGAAUGAGGAAAUAGACAUAGAGAGAGGUAGAUAGAUAUUGGUAUUAAAGCAGUCAAAAUCAAACGAACAAAUAAAUAAAUUCUGGCACGUAAAGAGCCCUUUCUGUGAAGUAAAUUAUACAGCUGCCUAUUCAAAACAGGCCUCUUGCCUCAAUUAUUAUACUUUUUUUGUGGAGCUAAUCAUGUAAAUCAAGCACAUUCAUUCAGUUCUCUUAAUCUGGAGCAAAGAGAAGGCGUGUUACAGAAAGUUAAAAAAGGGCUCUGAAAUCCACAGUAUUAUUUCCUUUAUGUAGGAUGGCCUCUGGCUAACCAUCCCCUGAAAUGGUGGCUGCUUUGUGCUCUUUUGGGUAUUCCAGACAUCCUUCCCUCUCUUACUCUGUGCCACAGGAAGGGAACACAAGAGACUCCAUGUACCAGUUUUCAGCAUUAACAUAUGCCACAGAUUUAUCGUGAAAGCACACCAUUUAAAACAGGGAACAAAGAAUCUAUUUCCCUCCCUCCUACACAUUUUCAUAUUCUGCAAUGACACACAAUGAAAGAACGUCGUGUUUCAAAUGUUCUGGGAAUCUUGUGGAUGAAUAUUAGAGCUGUAACAGGUAAAGCAGCCUGGAGGGUAUAGAUUAAGGCAGGGGUUCCCCCCCCCCAUUGAUGAAAAUUUGAAGAAAUGCAGCCCAUAAUGAACAAUUCUAUCCGUCUCAAAGAUUAAAUUUGAUUGUUUGAUUGCAGAUCUAGCAACUCCUUUAAAAAAUCACCUGGAGUCAAUUAUCAGAAGAAACAAAUCUGAGCCACAUGAGCCUGGGACACUGACCUCUUCUGUACUCUGAGCAAACUAUUAUUUCAGGAAAGAAUAAUUCCUGCUGACAAGGUUUGAUAUGAAAAAGCUAUAAAGAACAUGUUGACAUCUAGGCAACUUUCCUUGUGGUCAUAAUAGAGCAUGUGUUAUAUCAAAUCAGACACCAAAUAUAUUCCAUUUGCCAACAUAUUGAGCCUGUGCUAGACACUGAACCUACAGCUUGUAUUUUCCCACCUUCUCUCCAAAUCGUCACAAUGUCACUAAAACUUCUUCAGUGUACUUUGCUGUGACAGAGAAAAGUGCCUUUCAGUAUCACUGCUCACUUUCAGAAGCAUUUUUGUUUGCUUAUUUGAUAUAUGAAAAUAAAUAUAUGCAAUUAACAUGGAUUUAACAACAAAUGUUAAGCUACUAUCGUCAGUGCCUUGUCUAUGUUUCACAUAAUUUCUACCUUAGCAAUGGAAAUUGCUAUUGUGGGCAGCUUAACAGAAUUUAAUUAUCCCACCCUGCCUAGUGUUCAACCUCAACCAACCUAGCUCAUCGUGCAAUCCUGGUCUCCCAUUUAAUAGCAGUUUGCAUACUGGAAAACCUUUUAUCGCAUGGGGAGGGAAAGACGACACUUAUACAGCAUUUAUAAAUGCAACUGUUCACAAAAUUGCUUGCCUGCUUCACUGCAAUCAAUAAAACGUGUACCUAACAAAAGUAA